CAAAUCGAACGGAGUAGUGGGGGAACUCCCUCGCGAAACGCUGAUCGCCGAAUGCGCUACGGCGAAAUUUCGCUGACAAAAGCCGCGGUGAAUAACGCGUCGGGCCGGACGCGUGAAGGAGCCUAAUUUCUUGUCUGCGUGUGAAUCUGAUCAGCUGCUGCGGUGAGCCGCGACGUGUCGUGGCCAGUGUCAUCGUGAAAUAAGCUGCGGGUAUCGUAAUUUCCCCCCAAUGCCAUUGUUGUGAUAGCGGUACCGCGGCGGCGGUGGUGAUGGGGAAAGAAGAGAGCGGGCGGGCAGGUAGUGGCUUAAAGGGAACGAGAGGGAGUGAGAGGGGUGACGUGGAGUAAUAAAACAGUGUGCGUGAGCGCCGAUACUCGCGCGCGCAGUCCACGUACGUGUGCACAAUGGCAACCUUGACACUUGGUGAUCGUUUUUGGCGGCUCCGCGCCGUGGAGAUCGCGCGUCCAGCGGCAUCGCGUCGCGAGUGAAAGCGACGACGGCAGGCACGCCUCGAGCAACAAUAGCAGAAGGAGAAAGAAAAAGAGAGAUUGAGAGAAAUAGAGGAGACCGCAGGAGAAGAAGGCGAGUGGUGGUCGAAAGACGCGGGAGUGCUGCGUACGUGGACAUCACAUCUCGGCUCGAAAUUCCUACGUUAUCCUCGAUGUAGAGUCCGCAAGUUUCCUUAGCGACACGCCACGGCCUCCCUUUGUUUUGGUCCCCGCGUCUCAGACCGUCGUCCUCGGACUUCGGAGCGUGGCCGCGAAAUCGUCACGCCGCGUCGCGCGUCGCGCUGCGUCGUGUCGCGUCACAUCACGCCGUGCCGCGCGUUGCGUCGCGCGCGGCAUUCCGACACGGCGAUCGCGAGACUCGCCGUUCACGAAAAUAAAAAAAAAGGAUUUAAUUUGAAGGUUAGAAGUUAGGCGAGAGAGUGACAAGUGUCAACGUACGUCGUGCAAAUAGUAUGAAUCACCGUCCUCGUACUUGAUCAACUUGGUGUCGUCAUCAUCGUUGUGUUGUUGCAGCAAUACAUUCGUCUGUGUGUGAAGCGAUAAAAUUGUGAUAACUUUGAAAUGUUUAAAGGGAGAAAAAAAAAAGAAAAUGGGUUUAGAGUCGCCACUGCCUGCCCGCGCUUUUCCGGAUCUCACGACUAAUCUCACGAGUGCACGGCGUUUCGAUGAAUGCUCGGUGAUGAGUCCUGACGUGCAAAUGUUCUUGCAGAGAAUCGUGGUCACGUGUGCGGACAUUGACAUCGGAGCGGCAGCGAGGGAUGCAAUUUCCCGUGUUCGCGAGUGAUAGCCGCGGCAGCACGGCUGCCGCGACCACGUAGUCUCGCGUGCACGCACGCAGGACAGAACAGUAUAUCGUCAGUGCAUCGUCAUCAUCGUCCUCGUCGUCCUCGUCGUCGUCGCUCCGUUGCGUGCGACCAUCGAGAAUGCCGGUGUGAAGUGAAGAACCAAACGCUCUGCGAAAAACGCUCUGCGAUCUUUACAUGUCGUAAAUUUUACUUAUCAUCCCGAGGAUACACGCAGAAACAAGGCAAAAUGGCACAAAUGGAGCAGCAAUUACCGCUUCCAAUGCCAGAUUUAAGUACCCUUCGUAUAACUACAGCCGUCUCUAUGCUCGGCAAAGCAUAUGGAUGUGGCCAAUGUAAUGCCCCCCCACCUGGACCCUCAACUAGUGGCGGGUCUGUUGGGGCGGCAGGGAGCAAUAUGGGGCUUGUUCCCGCACAGCAGGCACACACUCCUCCUCAACCUACAGAACUGCCAAUGUUUACGUGCCCUCGAAGACCAAACAUAGGACGAGAAGGUAGACCGAUCGGUUUGAGAGCUAAUCAUUUUCAAAUUAGUAUGCCACGUGGCUAUGUACAUCACUAUGACAUUAGCAUACAACCUGAUAAAUGUCCUCGGAAAGUUAAUAGGGAAAUUGUAGAAACGAUGGUUCAUGCAUAUACUAAAAUAUUUCAAUCUCGUAAACCUGUGUUUGAUGGCAGAAAUAACUUGUACACAAGGGACCCCUUGCCUAUCGGGCAUGAUAAAGUAGAAUUAGAGGUCACACUGCCUGGUGAAGGAAAAGAUAGAGUUUUCCGAGUGGUCAUAAAGUGGUUGGCGCAGGUUUCGCUAUUUGCUUUAGAAGAGGCUUUAGAAGGACGAACUAGACAAAUUCCAUAUGAUGCUGUUCUUGCUUUAGAUGUUGUAAUGAGGCAUUUACCAUCUAUGACAUACACUCCAGUAGGUAGAUCGUUCUUUAGUACGCCAGAAGGAUAUUACCAUCCAUUAGGUGGAGGCAGAGAAGUAUGGUUUGGAUUCCAUCAAUCGGUGAGACCGUCGCAAUGGAAAAUGAUGUUAAAUAUCGACGUCUCUGCCACUGCCUUUUACAAAGCGCAGCCAGUUAUAGAAUUUAUGUGCGAAGUGUUGGAUAUUCGAGAUAUCAAUGAACAGAGAAAACCGCUCACGGAUUCUCAGAGAGUGAAAUUUACCAAAGAAAUCAAGGGUCUCAAGAUUGAAAUAACUCACUGCGGAGCUAUGAAGCGAAAAUAUCGAGUGUGCAAUGUUACACGUAAACCAGCUCAAAUGCAAUCAUUUCCAUUGCAACUGGAAAAUGGACAAACAGUUGAGUGUACAGUUGCCAAAUACUUCUUAGAUAAGUACAAAAUGAAAUUGCGUCACCCACAUCUUCCUUGCUUGCAAGUCGGCCAAGAACAUAAACACACAUAUUUGCCGCUUGAGGUUUGUAAUAUUGUCGCCGGUCAACGCUGCAUUAAAAAGUUAACUGAUAUGCAGACCUCAACUAUGAUCAAAGCGACAGCGCGUUCCGCACCAGAUCGUGAACGGGAAAUUAAUAAUCUAGUUAGAAGGGCUGACUUUAACAAUGAUUCUUAUGUACAAGAAUUUGGAUUGACUAUAUCGAACAGUAUGAUGGAAGUCAGAGGUCGUGUACUACCUCCGCCCAAACUGCAGUAUGGAGGGCGCGUAAGUUCCCUCAGUGGACAGACAAAGCAGCAGGCGAUGCCUAAUCAAGGUGUAUGGGAUAUGCGUGGCAAACAGUUCUUCACUGGAGUGGAGAUAAGAGUGUGGGCGAUCGCUUGUUUUGCACCUCAAAGAACAGUACGCGAAGAUGCGUUACGUUCAUUCACAACACAACUACAGAAAAUUAGUAAUGAUGCUGGUAUGCCCAUCAUUGGACAACCAUGUUUUUGUAAAUAUGCUACUGGACCAGAUCAAGUCGAACCUAUGUUUCGAUACUUGAAAUCGACUUUCUCGCAGUUGCAACUAGUUUGUGUUGUAUUACCAGGCAAAACUCCUGUAUAUGCUGAAGUAAAAAGAGUAGGAGAUACAUUAUUAGGCAUGGCAACUCAGUGUGUACAAGCAAAAAACGUCAAUAAGACAUCGCCGCAGACAUUAUCUAAUCUCUGUCUUAAAAUAAAUGUCAAAUUAGGAGGCAUCAAUAGCAUUCUAGUACCUAGCAUAAGACCAAAAGUGUUUAACGAGCCCGUUAUAUUUCUUGGAGCUGAUGUAACUCACCCGCCGGCGGGAGAUAACAAAAAACCCAGUAUAGCUGCUGUAGUAGGCAGUAUGGAUGCUCAUCCAUCUGUGAGAUAUCUAAAUUACUUUAUAGAAUUUUACAAUAAACAUACUGUUAUUGGAGCAUAUUCGCACAUAGAUAAGGAAUUGCUUAUAAUGUUUUACAAGAGCACCGGCGGAUACAAGCCACAUAGAAUAAUUUUGUAUCGCGACGGCGUCUCCGAAGGCCAAUUCCUCACCGUUUUGCAACACGAAUUGACUGCCAUUCGUGAAGCAUGUCUCAAACUCGAGAUCGAUUACAGACCCGGUAUAACAUUUAUUGUAGUGCAGAAGAGACAUCACACGCGACUAUUUUGCGCGGAUAAAAAAGAACAAAGUGGUAAAAGUGGAAAUAUUCCGGCGGGUACGACUGUUGACGUAUGCAUAACUCAUCCGACGGAAUUCGACUUUUACCUCUGCAGUCAUCAGGGUAUUCAGGGUACAUCGAGGCCGUCACAUUAUCACGUUUUAUGGGAUGAUAAUCACUUUGAAAGUGACGAAUUACAGUGUCUCACAUACCAAUUAUGUCACACUUAUGUCAGAUGUACGAGAUCCGUUAGUAUACCAGCGCCUGCAUAUUACGCUCAUCUCGUAGCAUUCCGGGCUAGAUAUCAUCUGGUCGAGAAAGAGCACGAUAGCGGAGAAGGAUCUCAUCAGUCGGGUUGUAGUGAGGACAGAACACCGGGUGCAAUGGCGCGAGCAAUCACAGUUCACGCCGACACGAAACGAGUUAUGUACUUCGCAUAAUUCUUACGUUGAACUGUCAUCCAGGUCGGUGUUAUUGUCUCUGUGAAGACACUGUAUAUAAUUGCGACUUCGUGACACAAGUGUGAGAAGUUUCAUCAGGCAGCCGAGAUCGCAGCACGUCGCGUCACAAAUUCUUUAACAAUUAGGACAGUUCAACUGAUAAAUUUCUUACAUACCUUCUUCCUUUUUUUUUCCUUUUCUUUAUUCUUUUUUUUCUGUUUUUCAUCUUCUUUGCUUUUUUUUUAUCGUAAAUCUAUAUAGUUUUUUGGUAUGCGUGGCACAGUGUGUUUUAUU